GGCCUUGACUGGUCCUGGUGGCUACCCACCAGAGCAGCCUCUGAGCCAGCAAGACAAGCAGCUGGGCCGCCUUCCCCCGGGGGCUUCAGAAUGGAUGUAUGUCAUGCAGGGGUCUCUCCAGCAGCCCUGGGGUACAGAACCAAACAAUCCUCCUCUCUCUCCAGAUACAGCUGAGCUCAGCAGUGGCGAGGCCAGGGAGCUACAGCAGAUCAAAUGGCACAGGAAGCAGCUACUGGAGGACAUCCAGAAACUGAAGGAUGAAAUUGCAGACGUGUUUGCCCAAAUUGACUGCUUCGAGAGCACAGAGGAGAGCCGGAUGGCGCAGAAAGAGAAGGAGAUGUGCAUCGGGAGAAAGAAAUUCAACAUGGACCCUGCUAAGGGCAUCCAGUAUCUCACUGAGCACAAGCUGCUGACCUCUGAUGUUCAGGACAUCGCCCAAUUCCUGUACAAGGGUGAAGGUCUCAACAAGACAGCCAUUGGCACCUACUUGGGGGAAAAGGACCCCAUCAACUUGCAGGUCCUGCAGGCCUUCGUGGAUUGCCACGAGUUUGCCAACCUCAACCUCGUUCAGGCCCUCAGGCAGUUCCUGUGGAGCUUCAGGCUGCCAGGUGAGGCCCAGAAGAUUGACCGCAUGAUGGAGGCCUUUGCUGCUCGCUACUGCCUCUGUAACCCUGGAGUCUUCCGGUCCACAGGUUCCACAGACACCUGCUACGUGCUGUCCUUCUCUGUCAUCAUGCUCAACACCGGCCUCCACAACCCCAAUGUGCGGGACAGACCCCACUUCGAGCACUUUGUGUCCAUGAAUCGCGGCAUCAACAGUGGCAGUGACCUGCCUGAGGAGCAGCUGCGGAACCUGUUUGACAGCAUCAAGAGUGAGCCCUUCUCCAUCCCCGAAGAUGAUGGUAGUGACCUUACUCACACCUUCUUCAAUCCUGACCGUGAAGGAUGGCUACUCAAGCUGGGGGGCCGUGUGAAGACAUGGAAGCGACGCUGGUUCAUUCUCACGGACAACUGCCUCUACUACUUUGAGUUCACCACUGACAAAGAGCCUCGGGGGAUCAUCCCCCUGGAGAACCUCUCUGUGCAGAAGGUGGAUGACCCCAAGAAGCCGUUCUGCCUGGAGCUGUACAACCCCAGCUGCCGGGGCCAGAAGAUAAAGGCAUGCAAGACGGACGGGGAUGGCAAGGUGGUGGAAGGCAAACACGAAUCCUACCGCAUCUCAGCUGCCAAUGCCGAGGAGCGCGACCAGUGGAUCGAGGCCAUCAGGGCCAGCAUCACCCGAGUUCCCUUCUAUGAUCUAUUGUCUGCUCGGAAAAAGAAGAUAGUGGGCAAGCAGUGAACUUCUGGGAGGCAGUGCUGGCAACCCCGUGGGAACCAUGGUACCAGGAGACACAGACCCACUGUGCCUGCUCCUGCUCACAAACCUGCCCCUCCACAUCAUUGGAACUGGCUGUUUGGGGCUGUGGAUCCUCAGAAAGCACAGAGUUCACAGGGAGCUUGACAGGAAGAACUUAUGAAGCUCUAUCUGGGACCACUGUGUGUGUGGAUGGCCAGCCUAGAGCCCUUCUGUGUAUCUCACCCUUUCCCUCCCAUCAGGAGGACUAUGGAUUCCCUGGAGGCUUCCACCUCAGAAGUUCUCCUUCCCUCAGCUUGAGCCAGGCUGUCUCUGCCAUGGACAAGUAUCAGCGUUCAUCUAACUUGGAGCUCGGAAGCUUCAGACAAACCCCUCCACUGCACACAGCCCUCCUCUGGGUCUUUCGAAUCAUAGAGUUUGAAUAGGAAACAUCUUGGUCCAGUAACUUUAUGGUCAGCUUGGUUUCCAGAGGGAGCUGGGAUACCAGGUGACUGAAUGGGACAGACUGAGCUGGAAGAUUCUGAGGACACUGCCAGCAUUAUUCCCAAGGGUGCUGACCUGAGACGAGCAGAGGAGACAGACCCUGGAGGCUCUGGCAGUCUCUAUGGCUUGCCAGUCUGGCGUACAACCAAGGAAAAUGGGAGAAGAGAAUGCUUCAGGUUGUGCCCACCAGGACAGCUGCUUGGAGGCCACAGCCAGCCUGUGGUAACACAGGACUCAGGCUUGGACAGACUCUCAGUCAUGGUGCCAUUGCUGGCGACCUGGCCAGCAGAGCUGAGGUAGUCAGGGGCUGCAGGAUGGGCCCCUGUUCCUGCCUCCUGACAGAGCAAGGCCAGCUUUGCAUACAGGCUGCUCUGUCCCCAGGGAGGUCCCUCUUGGGGGGAUAUUUCUUCCCCAGAGCGUUUGUACCUCCUCCUGACUGAAGAGACCGAAGGAGGGAAAGUUCCUCAGCAAGGGAGCAAGAAAUGGGGCUCCCUGUGCCCUGGGCCAGCCUGGGCUCUGGGAAGGAGCAGCAGGUGGCUAGGCUACCCUUGUCCUCUGCAGGAGCACACAUGGGUGCACUGUCUACAGGGUAGGAAGAGAAGUGCUGUGGGGUGGGGUGGGGUGGGGUGGGGUGGGGUAAGACGCCUGUCUCAGGAGGAACACUCGGCUGAGAGCUGGGGCAUCGGCAAUGGAGCCCUUGCUGGACUAUUGAAGACUUUCUGGUGAGCUGAGUCCACACCAGCUGCUCCCAUUUGUGGGUUAAGGGACCCGAAAGUCUUCCUCUGCCUCUGGCAUGUGUGUGUGUACAGAGGCUGUCGGACUCUUAUCCCUUCCCCUCUUUGGUCCUCAGCUCCUUCCCCAGCUCCAAGGUGGGGGAGCAUCUUUUUCUUUCCUGUUGUAACACUUAGAAGCAAGAAUAAAAGCUCAUGACUCAA